GGACUUUUUGGUCCACUCGCGUUUUAUCGAUGCACGAAUCCCGAUAAUUCAACAUGCUAGCACCAAAACAUAAAGCCGCUCUGCCCUUCAAAUCUCAUCUAGUUUGGUGCUGAACACGAGACUGGACGGCAGACCCGAGCAGCAUGGACACGGACAGCCCUCGCACGUACAUCGAGGGUGACAGGACGAUGAAGGCGCGGCAGAACGGCAUCGUCCAGCCGCUCCUCACAGAUCUUUACCAGAUCACAAUGGCCUAUGCCUAUUGGAAGGCCGAGAAAACAAGUGAUCACGCCGUUUUCGACCUUUUCUUCAGGAAGAAUCCCUUCCAGGGAGAAUUCACCAUUUUCGCAGGACUAGAGGAAUGCUUGAAGUUUCUGCAAAAUUUCCACUAUUCCGACAGCGACAUUGAGUACCUGCGAGCCACUCUUCCGAGCACAAUUGAAAAUGAGUUCUAUCGUUUUCUGCGGAACUUGACAGCCAGCGACGUCGUGGUGUACGCAGUCGAGGAAGGUUCUGUAGUUUUCCCAAGGAUCCCACUUCUGCGAGUGGAGGGGCCGCUGAUUGUUGUGCAGUUGCUGGAAACAACGUUGCUCACUCUUGUGAAUUACGCCAGUUUGAUGGCAACAAAUGCUGCUCGAUACAGAAUUGCUGCAGGCAACCACAUGACCCUGCUUGAGUUUGGACUCCGCAGGGCCCAGGGACCGGACGGAGGACUUUCCGCUUCCAAAUACGCCUAUAUUGGGGGUUUUGAUGGCACGAGCAAUGUUCUCGCCGGCAAGCUUUUCAACAUUCCUGUCAAAGGCACUCACGCUCACUCUUACAUAACUUCAUUCACCGACUUUGCAGAGCUGAAGACAACAAGACUGAAGCAUGCAGUGACAGGAGAGGAGGCAGAUUUGGUGACACUGAGCCGAGAUUUCCGGGCGCAGCUGUCUCAACUUUUGCUGAAUACUGAUCCAAACGAGGCAUCUGAUGGCGAGCUUGCUGCUAUGAUUUCAUUUGCUAUUGCCUUCCCUCAGGGCUUUAUGGCUCUUGUGGACACGUACGAUGUUCUGAGGUACCUCCUUGCGCCCCCACCCUUAAGUGGCCUUCUCAACUUCUGUGCAGUCGCGCUGUCGCUGAACACUCUUGGCUACAAGGCUCAUGGCAUCCGCAUCGACAGCGGUGAUCUGGCGUACCUCAGCUGCAGAGCAAGGGAAACCUUUGUCAAAGUUGCACAACAGUACAACUUGCCUUGGUUUGCAAACAUGACCAUCGUUGCGUCAAAUGACAUAAAUGAGGACACCAUCCUUAGUCUCAAUGAGCAAGGUCACAAGAUUGACUGCUUCGGAAUUGGAACGCACCUUGUUACCUGCCAAAGACAACCUGCUCUUGGAUGCGUCUAUAAAAUGGUUGAGAUCAACGACCUGCCCAAAAUCAAACUCAGCCAGGAUGUUGGAAAGGUUACUAUGCCUGGCAGGAAAAAUGUUUACAGGCUCUAUGGUGCUGAUGGACAUGCACUGAUUGACCUCCUCACACGUUCCACCGAGCCUGAACCUCAGGUUGGUGAGAAGGUUCUAUGUCGUCAUCCAUUUCAGGAGUCUAAGCGAGCGUAUGUCAUUCCGACCAGAGUUGAACCACUCUACAAGGUCUAUUGGAAAAAUGGGAGAUUGACUGAUCCUCUGCCUGACUUGAAGCAGGUCAGACAACGAGUGCAAGAGUCGCUGAAAACCCUCAGGCAGGAUCAUAAGAGAAAUCUGAAUCCAACUCCUUACAAGGUUUCUGUGAGUGGAGGACUUUACAGCUUCAUGCAUGAUCUCUGGCUUCAAAAUGCACCCAUUGGAGAGCUCUCCUGAUAAUCAUUCCCAGCGAGCGUCAACAACAGCAAACGCCACAUGGGUUAUUACAACUAUAUGGUAGUAAAAUGGGCAGAUAUUUUUAACUUGGUUAAGAAAAUUUUGGUACAAUAUUUGCAUGAAAUGCAUAAAUCGAUUAUUUUCGUGUGAUUCACAGUUUUAACUAGUUAAAUUUUUGGUAAAUCGAGUCCUUAAAAGUAAGAGGCAAAUAUUCUUUCCCUUUCAAAAUAUUUACGCAGUUGGAAUGAAAUAUUCUAAAAUUAUCAAUCUUGCGAGCUCAUUAAACACUUUUGAGUAUUGGGUUUUUGUCAGAUUGAUAAUAUAGAAACAAAGUUAUCGUUUGACAUAAUCAGUGGGAUAAUACAUAACUCCUGGAAUAGGCAAUAAUAAUAAGUGGGAAAUUUUUAGUUUACAUGUUAAGUGUGUUAAAGGAAUUUCUGUUAAGGUUUUUGGGUCACAAUAAUCUUGUAUGACAAAUAUGUCGCUCUCUUUUCGGCAGAAAAUUUUCAAAUUUAUGGAGCUUAAUUUAUGCACAAGAUUUUUGAAUUGGAAAUGCAUUCCUCAAAUCAGAGCUAUUAUGUGAAAUCCUUAAGACAAAGUCCUAGUCCUAAAGCUGCAAGAAUAUUUUAAAUUGUAAUUAAGUAUUGAAACUGGAAACUUUAUAAUUAUGCGCUUCUUUUUUAUAACGUCACAGAAUAUUUAAUUAUCUUUGCUGACAAGUAAAUACCCUUUAAAAAUGACUUAAUCGCACACACAAGUUCCGCCAUUUAUUAAUGAUCAAUCAAUAACUGUGAGUGCAGGAGAAGCAUAUGAGGCUCGAUUUGUGUCUGUUGUAGUGUCACGCAAAUUGCUUUGAAUUGUGCGCCGAUCUAACCAAAGGCUUGUCAGUAAAGAUAAAAAGUCUACUUAACAUUUGGUUGCCUCUCUCUUGUGCCCAUUGACAAAUAAAAGUUUUGAGGUAUGAAUUCUGUGUGUAAAAGUAGCAUCAGAAGCGGCAAGAUAAUUAAAUUAAAUGUUCCCCUUUUUGAGUGGGUAUGUGAAAUUUCACGGUGCGCAUAAUAAUUGAAAUCUAUCAUUUUGAAUAUUAUUAUUUUUUGAGAAUACAUUGCAAAAGUGAAACUUUUUAGUCAAUGUGCACUCUUCUGUAAACACAAUUCCUUGAGAAAACGGAUUGACCGAGCUUGACAUUAGAAAUUUUGUCUCAGAGCGAAUAACAGAAUUGCAUUUUAUUUAAGUGAUUGAAAUAUUUCCUGUUUGUGUGCACUGUGAGUGUUCAGAAUUUAUGUAAUAUUUGAGCCAUAUGAGCUAAGCAUCUUGCAUGUGCGCAGUGCGCGCAUGAUCAUUGUCAAGUACAAUAUAAUUAUGUCCCAUAGAGCUCUCUAAAACAUUUUGUUGGUUUUUUGUGUCCUACGUACUCCAUGGGCGUAGUUCAUAUUUUAGCAGCAAAAAUUUUUUAAAGUGCCUAUGUACUUAGAGACAGAGAUUUUAUAUUAGUCAAUAAUUAAAUAGCCAUAAUUAUUAGCGAUAAAAAUAAUUGUAAAAUGCUGUGGAAAUAUU